AUGAAGGAAAUGAAAGCGAGAAAUGUACCAAUGCAACUAACUAGUGCUUUGUUGGCAUGCAAGAACGUUUUAAUGCAACAUGUAGGGUUGAUAUAUGGCAACAAAUCAGGAGGACUGCAAGUAAAUGAUGCAGAGUUGCAGUACUCCUUUGAUGAUGCAAGCCUUGAAACGAGUACCAAUGAUCUCAUUACCAAACUCAAGGAAGAUGGAGGUCUUUCCCUGGAUAUUUUGGACAAUCUUGUUGUCAAGGAGUACUUGAGCAGCAGCUUGGAGCUACUGGAGUUCUUCACUGAGCUGGAAAAGUUUCUAGACUCAGCUCGUCAGAGCCAUACAUACAUUGCACAUGCUGUUGAACAGUGUAGCAGCUUGGGGGGUAAAAAUGGAGUAGGGAGGGAGGAGGCGAAGACGAUUUCGAAUAUAUUGAAUAACAUCAUGGCAUCUAAUGUCAAUGACCACUCUGGUGAAAAGUUGGUCAAAAAGGCUCGUUCUUUGCUUGAGAGGCAGGAAGAAAUGUUCUCCAAAUGUCUCCUUGAGCAAAAGAAGCUUGGGAAGGACCAGAAGAGUAUUCAUGGUUGGAGAAAGCUGUUGAAUUAUAUAUCCAUGGGGACUAAGUGCCUCGUUCUCAUUGUUUUGGUUGGGAUGAUGGCCAAUUCUAUAGGAUCUGUGAGAGCUGGUUCGUCUAAUGUUGUUGCAGAUUUGUCGAUCAAAGCAGCCUGCAUGAUUGAUAUCUCGGUUUUUAUAGAGAAGGCAGAUCACUGGAAUAGCUCCCACCUCGAAGCAUGUGACAAUGAGCUUGUGCUGAAGAAUCAUGCAAUGAACACAAUGCAGAAAGGGGCUUUACAUUGCAUAAAAGAGAUGGGGGAAAUUAAAGAUCUCAUUGGUAAGGUUGUAAAUUCUAUUGAGUCUCUUCUUGCUUUAAGUACAAACGUGGCGAAUGGUGGAAAUAUAGAAGUCGCAAUCACAAAUAUCAAGUGUUUCCUGAAUAAGUUUUUGGAAAAAAUUGAGGUUUUGGAGAAGAAAACAGGGGAAUGCAGCUCUAAAAUUUUGAAAGCAAGGCAAGCUGUUCUUAGGUGA